AUGGCGCCCCGACAUCCCUCCCCGACGCCGUCCGAAAAUGAAGUCGAUAUUGGGGCCUCACUAUUUGGCAAAGAUACUGGGUCAGAAUCAGACCUCUCAGAAGAUGGCAAAGCGGAUAUGCCUAAUGGAAAUCUCGACAUCAUGGCAGACGCAUCCGACGACGAUGACGAUGAGGCUAUCAUUGCCGCCCAACAGGCCGCCUCGAACCGCAAGGCUUCCAAUCUCAAGGGUCGGACGGUGAAGAAAGGCGGAGCGUUUCAAUCUAUUGGUCUCAAUGCGAAUCUACUCAAAGCGAUUGCUCGAAAAGGGUUCUCUGUGCCUACACCUAUACAACGUAAAACAAUCCCUCUACUUCUUAACGACAAAGAUGUGGUUGGCAUGGCUCGAACAGGUUCAGGCAAAACAGCAGCUUUCGUCAUUCCAAUGAUUGAGAAACUGAAAGUCCACAGUCAAAAAGUUGGAGCAAGGGGAUUGAUCAUGUCACCAUCGAGAGAAUUAGCCCUACAGACGUUACAAGUCGUGAAGGAACUAGGACGAGGAACCGACUUAAGAUCAAUCCUCCUUGUCGGCGGCGACAGUCUGGAGGAACAAUUCUCAGCCAUGGCUACUAAUCCGGACAUUAUAAUCGCGACUCCUGGACGCUUUCUACAUCUGAAAGUUGAAAUGGGCCUGGAUCUCUCGAGUAUGAGAUAUGUGGUCUUUGACGAGGCGGAUCGUUUAUUUGAAAUGGGGUUUGCCGCCCAACUCACCGAAAUUCUCCACGCACUCCCGGCCUCUCGACAAACGCUAUUGUUCUCAGCUACUUUGCCUAAGUCGCUGGUCGAAUUCGCGCGCGCGGGUCUGCAGGAGCCCGUCCUCGUGCGGCUUGAUGCGGACAGCAAGAUUUCACCAGAUCUUCAAAGUGCUUUCUUCUCAUUAAAAUCUUCGGAAAAGGAAGGUGCUCUUUUACAUUUGCUGCAAGACGUUAUCAAAGUCCCGACACAAUCGCAGUUGAUCCCAUCAUCGACACCUGCGGAGCCUGCUAAGUCGGGGAAGAAAAGAAAAAGAGAGAUAGAGAACCAAAUCUCACCCAGUUCGAACCCCUUUUCAACGAUUGUUUUCGCCGCAACAAAGCACCAUGUUGAGUAUCUGGCCCAGCUGCUGCGUAUGGCAGGCUAUGCUGUUUCCUAUGUGUAUGGAUCGCUCGACCAGACAGCAAGGAAGACCCAGGUCCAUGCCUUUCGGACUGGACAAAGCAACAUUCUAGUAGUCACAGACGUCGCAGCUCGAGGUAUUGAUAUACCAAUUCUGGCCAAUGUCAUAAACUACGACUUUCCCUCUCAGCCUAAGGUCUAUGUUCAUCGUGUAGGUCGAACGGCUAGAGCCGGGCAAAAAGGCUGGAGUUACAGCAUGGUCCGAGAUUCGGAUUCUCCAUACCUGUUGGAUCUGCAGCUCUUUCUUGGUAGAAGACUGGCAGUGGGCAGAGCAACCACUGAAUCGGUCAAUUUUGCUCAAGAUGUUGUACUGGGGGGCCUGCGUCGGGAAGACCUACAGAGCAAUUGUGAGUGGGUCUCGAAAGUCUUGGAGGACAGUGUGGAUCUGGCCGCCUUGAGGUCUGUUGCAGUCAAGGGUGAGAAAUUAUAUCUGCGAACGAGGAACGCUGCAUCAUCUGAAAGUGCAAAGCGAUCCAAAGACAUCAUUGGGUCUAAGGAAUGGUCAGAACUACACCCCCUGUUCAACAACCAAUCCGACGACCUAGAAGUCGAACGAGAGAAAAUGCUUGCCAGAGUCGGUGGGUUCCGUCCGCAGGAAUCAAUAUUCGAGAUCGGCGCAAGACGUGGUGGCCGCAGGAACAACGAAGAAGCAGUCGAUGCCAUACGCAAGAUUCGAUCCGGUCUCGAAACUCGCAAGCAAAAAGCUCAAGACUCUGCCCAACAUAUGCAGAAGGAAGCUGUCAAUGAAGACGCUACCUCCGCUCAGAGAACUCAGAACAGCAUCACAGACGACGAGCCCGAUAACUCCGACGCCCAGAUGAACGACGGCCUCUCCGAAGCCUCAUCCGCCGAGCUAGAGGUCACCUUCUCACGGCCCCAUGCCAAGAAGACCAAAACCACCGCAACAUCCUAUCGCGACCCGGAGAACUUCAUGUCCUACCUGCCCACCCACACCUCCCUCGCCGACGACAAAGCCUACGGCGUGCACUCCGGUGGCAGCAGCGGAGGGGCGAACUUCACGACGGCAGCACGACAUGUGACGAUGGAUCUCGCGGGCGACGAAUCCGGCAAGAACUUCGGCGAAGCACGCGGUGUGAUGCGCUGGGACAAGCGACACAAGAAGUACGUGCGGCGCGACAACGACGAGGACGGCAGUCGGAACAGCGGCGCGAAGAGGCUGGUGCGCGGCGAGUCCGGCGCCAAGAUCGCGAGCUCCUUCAAGAGCGGGCGGUUCGAGAAGUGGCGCAAAGCGAAUCGCGUGGGCCACGUGCCGAGGGUAGGUGAGGCCGAGAAGCCCAACACCAACGGCGACUCGUCUGCGACGGCGUCCCCAGGCAACAAACGCUUCAAGCACAAACGCACCGCGAUGCCCAAAGCGCCAGACAAGUUGCGCGCCGACUACGAGACGCAGAAGAAGAAAUCCGCGGGUGCGAAGGAGCGCACGGCUGCGCAGACUGGUAAUCGGAAGGAACUCAAGAGCGUGGAUCAUGUUGUUAGGGAGCGGCGCAAGAAGGAGUUACGGAGGGAGAAGAAUGCGAGGCCGGUGAGGCGGAAAGGCCGGUGA